ACCUCUAUUCCUCCUGCGGUCCCCUUCCCCUUUCCUUUCUCUCGGAUUCUUCAGACAGAAAAGCCUACAGAAAUGGCUCAGAUACUGCCGAUACGUUUCCAGGAACAUCUGCAGUUGCAGAACCUGGGGGUGAACCCAGCCAACAUUGGGUUCAGCUAUCUGACCAUGGAGUCUGACAAGUUCAUCUGCAUCAGAGAGAAAGUGGGCGAGCAGAACCAGGUGGUGAUUGUGGACAUGACGGACCCCACCAACCCAAUCAGGAGACCAAUCUCUGCUGACAGUGCCAUCAUGAACCCCGCUAGCAAGGUCAUCGCCCUGAAAGCUGCCAAGACACUGCAGAUCUUCAACAUUGAGAUGAAGAGUAAGAUGAAGGCUCACACCAUGACAGAGGAGGUCAUGUUCUGGAAGUGGAUAUCGGUAAACACGGUCGCCUUGGUGACAGAUACCGCCGUAUAUCACUGGAGCAUGGAGGGGGAUUCCCAACCAGCCAAAGUAUUCGAUCGGCACGCCAGUCUAGCAGGAUGUCAGAUCAUUAACUACAGAACUGACGAACAACAGAAGUGGCUAUUGCUGAUAGGGAUUUCCGCACAGCAAAACCGUGUGGUUGGGGCGAUGCAGCUUUAUUCUGUUGAGAGGAAAGUGUCCCAGCCCAUCGAGGGUCAUGCUGCCGCCUUUGGGGAGUUCAAAGUGGAGGGAAAUGCCAAAUCCUCCACCCUCUUCUGCUUUGCUGUGCGCUCACAGGCUGGUGGAAAGCUGCACAUCAUUGAAGUUGGUCAGCCAGCUGCAGGAAACCAACCAUUUACUAAGAAAGCAGUGGAUGUGUUCUUUCCUCCGGAGGCCCAGACAGACUUUCCUGUAGCUAUGCAGAUUGGUAAUAAGCAUGGUGUAAUAUAUCUGAUCACUAAGUACGGUUACAUUCACCUGUACGACCUGGAGUCUGGAGUGUGUAUCUACAUGAACCGAAUCAGUGCAGAGACCAUCUUCGUCACUUCUCCUCAUGAAGCCACUUCAGGAAUUAUUGGGGUUAACAAGAAGGGACAGGUUUUGUCGGUAUGUGUUGAAGAGGAAAACAUUGUCAACUAUGCCACCAACGUGCUGCAGAACCCAGAUCUGGCCUUGAGGAUGGCUGUGAGGUCAAACCUUGCUGGCGCUGAGGAGCUUUUUGGCAGGAAGUUCAACACUCUGUUUGCCCAGGGAAGUUAUUCAGAAGCCGCAAAGGUUGCUGCAUCAGCACCCAAGGGUAUCUUGCGGACAGCCGAGACCAUUCGUAAGUUUCAGAGUGUGCCGGCUCAACCGGGUCAGGCAUCUCCACUGUUGCAGUACUUUGGCAUUCUGCUGGACCAGGGCCAGCUCAACAAGUUUGAGUCUCUGGAGCUGUGCAGGCCUGUCCUGCAGCAGGGCCGCAAGCAGCUGCUGGAGAAAUGGCUGAAGGAGGACAAGCUGGAGUGCUCAGAGGAGCUGGGUGAUCUGGUGAAGGCAUCUGACCCUACCCUCGCUCUUAGUGUGUACCUCAGAGCUAACGUCCCCAACAAGGUCAUCCAGUGCUUCGCUGAGACCGGCCAGUUCCAGAAGAUAGUGCUGUAUGCUAAGAAGGUUGGCUACACCCCAGACUGGGUGUUUUUGUUGAGGAAUGUGAUGCGAGUCAGCCCUGACCAGGGACUGCAGUUUGCACAGAUGCUGGUCCAGGAUGAGGAGCCGCUGGCCAACAUCAACCAGAUUGUGGAUGUAUUCAUGGAGGGCAGCCUAAUCCAGCAGUGCACCUCCUUCCUGUUGGAUGCUUUAAAGAACAACCGCCCAGCUGAAGGACACUUACAGACACGCCUGCUUGAGAUGAACCUCAUACAUGCACCCCAGGUAGCAGAUGCGAUCCUGGGCAACCAGAUGUUCACACACUAUGACCGUGCCCAUGUUGCUCAGCUGUGUGAGAAGGCAGGUUUGCUGCAGAGAGCUCUUGAACACUACACCGACCUGUAUGAUAUCAAACGAGCCGUGGUGCACACACAUCUGCUCAACCCUGAGUGGCUGGUGAACUUCUUUGGUUCUUUGUCCGUUGACGACUCGUUGGAGUGUCUAAGAGCCAUGCUGUCAGCUAACAUCAGACAGAACCUGCAGCUUUGUGUCCAGGUAGCAUCUAAGUAUCACGAGCAGCUGGGGACUCAGGCAUUAGUGGAGCUCUUUGAAUCCUUCAAGAGUUAUGAGGGCUUGUUUUACUUCCUUGGGUCGAUUGUGAAUUUCAGCCAGGAGCCUGACGUUCACUUCAAGUACAUCCAGGCUGCCUGUAAAACAGGACAGAUCAAAGAAGUAGAGAGAAUCUGUAGAGAGAGCAACUGUUACGACCCAGAGAGGGUUAAAAAUUUCCUCAAGGAGGCCAAACUAACAGACCAGCUUCCUCUCAUCAUCGUGUGUGAUCGCUUUGACUUUGUCCAUGACCUGGUGCUCUACCUCUACCGCAACAAUCUACAGAAAUACAUUGAAAUCUAUGUGCAGAAAGUGAACCCCAGUCGUUUGCCAGUGGUCAUAGGUGGUCUUUUGGAUGUAGAUUGUUCUGAGGAUGUCAUUAAGAACUUGAUCAUGGUGGUCCGAGGGCAAUUUUCCACUGAUGAGCUUGUGGAGGAGGUAGAGAAGAGGAACAGGUUAAAACUUCUGUUGCCAUGGCUGGAGUCCCGUAUCCACGAGGGCUGCGAGGAGCCAGCCACCCACAAUGCUCUGGCCAAGAUCUACAUCGACAGCAACAACACACCUGAGCGUUUCCUGAAGGAGAACCCGUUCUACGACAGUGCUGUGGUCGGACGCUACUGUGAGAAGAGAGACCCCCAUUUGGCCUGUGUGGCCUAUGAGAGAGGCCAGUGUGAUCUGGAUCUCAUCAAAGUGUGCAAUGAGAACUCAUUAUUCAAGAGUGAGGCUCGAUAUUUGGUGCGGCGGAAAGAUCCAGAACUUUGGGCGAAUGUGUUGGAGGAAAACAACCCCUACAGGAGACAACUCAUUGACCAGGUGGUGCAAACAGCUCUGUCAGAGACUCAGGACCCAGAGGAGGUGUCAGUCACAGUCAAGGCCUUCAUGACUGCAGAUCUGCCCAAUGAGCUGAUUGAGCUGCUGGAGAAGAUUGUACUAGAUAACUCUGUCUUCAGUGAACACAGAAACCUUCAGAACCUGCUUAUUUUGACGGCCAUCAAGGCAGACCGCACUCGUGUAAUGGAGUACAUCAACAGGCUAGACAACUAUGACGCUCCAGAUAUUGCUAAUAUUGCCAUUAGUAAUGAGCUCUUUGAAGAGGCUUUUGCCAUUUUCAAGAAGUUUGAUGUCAACACCUCAGCCAUACAGGUACUGAUAGAGCACAUAGGGAACUUAGAUCGGGCCUAUGAGUUUGCUGAGCGCUGUAAUGAGCCUGCCGUGUGGAGCCAGUUAGCCAGAGCUCAGCUGCAAAGGGACCUGGUCAAAGAGGCGAUUGACUCUUAUAUUAAAGCUGUUGACCCCUCAGCAUACAUGGAAGUGGUCAACGCAGCCAGCAAGAACAAUAACUGGGAAGACUUGGUUAAGUUCCUCCAGAUGGCUCGAAAGAAGGCCAGGGAGUCGUACGUCGAGACAGAGCUAAUCUUUGCUUUGGCUAAAACAAACCGUCUGGCUGAGCUGGAAGAGUUUGUCAGUGGGCCCAACAAUGCUCACAUACAGCAGGUGGGCGAUAGAUGUUAUGAGGAGGGGAUGUAUGAAGCAGCCAAGCUCUUAUACAACAACGUGUCAAACUUUGCUCGACUUGCAUCUACAUUAGUCCAUCUUGGAGAGUACCAGGCCGCUGUGGACAGUGCCAGGAAAGCCAACAGCACACGGACAUGGAAAGAGGUGUGUUUUGCAUGUGUGGAUGGUGAGGAGUUUCGGCUGGCACAGAUCUGCGGUCUCCACAUAGUGAUCCACGCUGACGAGCUGGAGGACCUGAUCAGCUACUACCAGGAUCGCGGGUACUUUGAGGAGCUCAUUGCUCUGCUAGAGGCCGCACUGGGUCUGGAGCGGGCUCACAUGGGCAUGUUCACUGAACUUGCCAUCCUCUACUCCAAAUUCAAACCUCAGAAGAUGAGAGAGCACCUGGAGCUCUUCUGGUCCAGAGUCAACAUCCCAAAGGUACUUCGUGCGGCAGAACAGUCUCACUUAUGGGCAGAGCUGGUUUUCCUUUAUGAUAAAUAUGAGGAGUACGAUAAUGCUGUCAUCACAAUGAUGUCUCAUCCAACAGAUGCGUGGAAAGAAGGGCUCUUCAAAGACAUUAUUGCUAAGGUUGCCAAUGUGGAGCUGUACUAUAAAUCUCUUACCUUUUACUUGGAGUUUAAGCCGAUCCUACUCAAUGACCUGCUGACUAUACUGUCUCCACGGCUGGAUCAUAGCCGAGCCGUCAACUUUUUCAGCAAGGUAAACCAGCUGAAGUUGGUCAAACCCUACCUGAGGUCUGUCCAGAAUCACAACAACAAGUCCGUCAAUGAAGCUCUCAACAACCUGCUGACAGAGGAGGAGGACUACCAGGGCCUGAGAGCAUCCAUUGAUGCCUACGACAACUUUGACACCAUUGGUCUGGCACAGAGGUUAGAGAAACAUGAACUGAUUGAGUUCAGACGCAUUGCUGCUUACCUGUACAAGGGCAACAACCGCUGGAGACAGAGUGUAGAACUCUGCAAGAAGGACAAACUCUACAAGGAUGCCAUGCUGUAUGCAGCAGAGUCUAAAGAUGCUGAGUUGGCAGAGACUUUGCUCCAGUGGUUCCUGGAGGAGGGCAGGAAGGAGUGCUUUGCCGCCUGCCUGUUCGCCUCUUAUGACCUGCUGCACCCUGAUGUGGUGCUGGAGCUGGCCUGGAGGCACAACAUCAUGGACUUUGCCAUGCCGUACUUCAUCCAGGUCAUGAGAGAGUACCUCACCAAGGUGGACAAACUGGAGGAGGCUGAAAGCCAAAGGAAAACUGAAGACGAGGUGACAGAGCCUCAGCCGAUGGUGUUUGGCCAGCAGCUGAUGUUGACUGCCGCUCCUGCUCAAGUGGCUCCCCAGCCGGCGUACGCAGGCUACGGCUACCCCGCUGCGGCCGCCCCUGCACCUGCGGGCUACCCCGCUGCGGCCGCCCCUGCACCUGCGGGCUACCCCACUGCUGCUGCUGCUGCUGCACCUGCGGGCUACCCUGCUCAGCCCGCUUACGGCUUCAACAUGUAGAGGACUGAACUUGUCUCUUCCACCCCUCUCCCCAUCUCCCCUCUUACACACACUCACACACCACAAAGACCUGAUCCACACUGAACCGUGCUGCUCUGGGUCUCAGCUGGCCAACUGAAACUUCACCGGGACGAGACACCACCCAAUUUCAUCUGAACUGCAAUAGAAACUGCUUCUCAGCCCUUCAUCUGUCCCUCCUCCCCUCUUCAAUACAGAAGGAUGGCAUCACGGCUGUUGGACGCCUUUCUCCACUUGGACGUAAUAACUGCAUCACUGACCUACACAGCAUGAAGUCACCUCUCAGCUUCUUAGAGGAAUUAACCUACCGAAGAUAACAUUAGUGACACCAAACCACUCUGUCCUGUUGCUGUUCCAUGUAGACUUUGUUAAUCAUAGAGCAGCUUUCUUUGUUUUAUUUCUUCUUUUUUUCAGCACUGAUGAGGAAGAGACUUUGUUACUGAGGCGCAUGGGGGCUUGUGCUUCUUCCCCUCCCUCCAGAAGCACUGCUACAGCCUUAUAUACAUAGAAGAGGCGGAGGAGGCAAAAAAAAUGGGCUUGUUUGUUCAUGUUUAAUUUCACAACUGUCUCAUGCUCUGAUUAGAAAGACGGUAACUGUGCAAUAGUUUUUUUUCUGUUUGUCCUUUCACAACAGGUACAGAUUGAUUUCAAACAAGGCUAUGCUGUAAACGGACUAAGAACACUUGUUUAUGAGGUUAUGGUACUGUCUGUGUGUGUGUGUGUGUGUGUGUGUGUGCGCGUGCGCGUGCGCGUGUGCGUGUGCGUGUGCGUGUGUGUGUGUGUGUGUAGCCUCUUAAAGCCUUUGAGGGAUAGGUCACUAAACCAUGAGACACUCAAUGAAAUUUCCACUCCCUUGCAGCCGCAAAACCGUGUGCGGUUGAUCUCAUCAGUCAACUUUUCAGGCUCUGUGGUACUGGACGUCUGUCGUUUCAGGAUAAAAGUGAUAAAAAAGACAAAAAGAAAGGAUGAAAUGAUUAAAAAAAAAAACGCUAUAAAAAUGCUGUAGUCUGUGCAUGUGCUGCCAAACUAUAAUGCUGCAACCAGGAGCACAAUUUUCAUGUUACACUCAAGUAUAUCAAGUAUUACUAAUGUUGUGUCAAAAACUAAGUGAUGUACAAUGAAACUUUCUCACCCGACUAACAGAAAACGGUGAUGACACCCCAACAGCAGACAGACUGAAGAGAUCAAAACAAACAGGGGAACAUUAGCUCAUGUCCUGGUGCCAGUUGGUUUAAAAAAAAAACAUUAUUGUACUGAAAGCAGUGUAUAAUUUAAGAUAUAUUGAAAUACCUAACUAAUCAAAGAAGUCAAAUAUUAUGGAAUACCGUAUGUAUUGUCUAUAGUGUAUUGUUGUAGUCUUAAACAAAGCGUAAUGAUUUUUGUAAGAAAAAGGACAAAAUGCAAAAACAGCAGGUUAAUAAUAAAUGGUCUUAAGGCAAGGCUGCUCAACGUGGUGACAGUUUGGUUGAUUGUUUACUCCCCGUUCUGUCCGACAGUCCUCCUGUAUGAUACGCUGAGCUCUGUUACAGUGGUGUCCACUCUGGAUUUGUCAAAGCGGAAAGCAAAAAGAAACCAGAGCUGCAAAUAUGAAGCACUCCCUUUAUCUG